AUGAUUGCCAAGUCUGCAUCAGAAGAAGAACAUGUGGGGCACCUACUGAAGUUGUUCCAACGUUUAAGAAAAUACAAGCUGCGUCUGAAUCCAAGCAAAUGCACAUUUGGUGUCCGCUCUGGAAAAUUAUUAGGUUUCGUCGUUAGCCAAAGGGGUAUUGAGGUUGAUCUCGACAAAGUCAAAGCCAUUCGAGAAAUGCCUCCUCCAAGAAUAGAAAAACAAGUCAAAGGAUUUCUCGGACGAUUGAAUUACAUCUCCAGAUUUAUAUCUCACAUGAUUGCAACUUGUGGACCGAUUUUUAAGCUUCUCCGCAAGGGCCAAGAAUGUAAAUGGACAGAAGAAUGUCAAAAAGCUUUUGAGGAUAUCAAAGAAUACCUGCUGGAACCUCCAAUCUUAAGCCCUCCAAUGGAAGGAAGACCUUUGAUCAUGUAUUUGACCGUACUUGAAGAUUCUAUGGGAUGUGUCCUAGGUCAGCAAGACGAGUCUGGUCUAAAAGAGUAUGCCAUUUAUUACUUGACCAAAAAAAUUGCCCGCUGGCAGAUGUUAUUAUCAGAGUACGACAUCCAAUAUCGUGCCCAAAAAGCCAUCAAAGGAAGUGUUUUAGCCAAUCAUUUGGCCUCCCAACCUAUUGAUGAUAAUCAAUCUUUACAAGAAGAUUUCCCAGACAAAGAGAUCAUGUAUUUGAAAUCAAAAGAUUACGAAGAACCUUUACAUGGAGAAGGACCUGAUCCCGAAUCCCGAUGGGGUUUGAUCUUUAAUAGAACUGUUAAUGCUUAUGGUAAAGGAAUUGGGGCAAUCAUUGUUAUGCAACAAGGUUCUCAUGUACCAUUUACUGCAAGACUGAUAGAUUACGCCCGAAGACUGCUUGCCUUCUUCAACAAAGUUGAAUUCCAUCACAUACCUCGUGAGGAAAAUCAAAUGGCAAAUGCAUUGGCUACUCUAGCUUCAAUGUAUCAAGUGAAGUUUCCAAAUGAAGCUCCUCAAAUUACAAUCAUGCGCCUGGAUAGGCCGACUCAUGUAUUCACUGCUGAAGCUGUCACAGAUGACAAGCCGUGGUUUUAUGACAUCAAAAUCUUCUUACAAAAACAAGAGUACCCACCUGGGGCAUCUAGCAAAGACAGAAGAACAUUGAGAAGAUUGUCUGGUAAUUUCUUCCUAACUGGAGAUGUGCUCUACAAAAGGAAUUUUGAUAUGGUAUUGCUCAGAUGUGUGGAUAGACACGAAGAAAACCAAUUAAUGCAAUAA